AUGAUAGGAACAUAUAAUCUAACAGCAAUCUUUUGCUGUAUUACUGCUAUUUCUUUAACUUUAAUUGCUUUGAUUAAGAUUGCAUAGGCUAAGUUUUUUUUAAAAAAAGACAAACUGUUUAGGGAAAGUAUUAACUACCACUUUACUAGAUAGUGUAACUAUGCUUGUAAAUUUUGUUUUCACACAGCUAAAACUUCUUUUGUCUUAGAUGAAGAAAAUGCAAAAAAAGGAUUGAAAAUGCUUAAAGAAUCUGGUAUGAAGAAAAUUAACUUUUCUGGAGGAGAGCCCUUCACCAAACCAAUAUUUUUAGGAAAUCUAGUUUAGUAUUGUAAAGAAUAGCUCAAUUUAGAAAGUGUUACAAUAGUUUCUAACGGAAGUUUGAUAACCGAAGAAUGGUUUAAAAACUUUGGCAAAUGGUUAGAUAUAAUAGCUAUUUCUUGUGAUAGCUUUGAUGAAUAGGCUUUAGCUGAUAUCGGAAGAAGGGCAAAUAAAAAAACUCAUAUUGAUUAAAUGUAUAAAAUACGAGAUUGGUGUUAUAAAUACGAUGUAUUAUUUAAGAUAAACACUGUUGUGACUUCAAGAUAAUAUAACGAAGAUAUGAAUAUCUAUAUUUAACAGCUAAAUCCUUACAGAUGGAAAGUUUUCUAAUGUCUUCUAAUUGAUGGUGAAAAUGCUGGUGCCAAUGCUUUGAGGAAUGCAGAAUAAAUGGUCGUUUCAAAAGAAUAAUUUGAUUAAUUUAUAUCCAGACACAAGGCAAGCAAUCCUGUUGCUGAAAAUAAUGAAGAUAUGAAGGACAGUUAUCUAAUCUUAGAUGAAUAAAUGAGAUUUUUAAAUUGCUAAAAUGGAAAAAAAGAGCCUUCUCUUUCCAUUUUAGAUGUUGGUGUUGAAGCAGCAUUAGAUAAAUCUGGUUUUGACCAUAAAGCUUUUAUAAGAAGAGGUGGAAAGUAUGUCUGGUCUAAACAUAAAAAUGAACUAGAAUGGUGA